AUGCCUCUGAUUCUAGAGUCUCAGGGCUCUCUGCCAUACAUUGACGGCGACCUCUCUCCCCAUGAACGCUCUACCGCCCUGAAUCUCAUCAACAGAGAAUUACCCGAUGACCAUCUCUCCAAAGCCCACCCCUCGCUCGCACCCCUCCCCGAAGUCCAAUUCUCCGAGGCGUUCUCCACCGAGAUAGAAAGGGCAGGUGCGAAACAACCGAUGCAAGGCGGUAUUGAUGUUUCUCGCUACGAAGCACAAGAAGACCCCGCAGCUGAUACCGAUGAGGAUGCAUGGCGCCAACAUCUGCGGAGUGCAUACAUCUCCAGCAUGUACCUUUUAGGCAGACAGGCCAACCUGGACCUCUUAGACGAGUACGGUAAAAAUGCCUGGCUUGUUUCAAACUCUCAGAUGGAAUACAUCCUACAGGAUCUAGAGCAAGAACUGGAUCGCGUCAAGAACGAGGUUGUGACGGUGAACAAGGCUCGAAAGCAGGCCCAGGAGCAGUCUAGGGGUGAGCUUCUGGCCCUUGAGGAGACUUGGAAAAGUGGGAUUGGCAAGAUCCUCGAAAUUCAGGUUGCUACGGAUAACCUGCGGCAGUUGAUUUUGGAAAGCCGACGCAACCUGGGCCAGGCACCUCGCUGA